AAACGCCCAAAUCUGCAUUUAUUGCGUAGCUGGUAGCAUUUUUCUUCCUCCCAAUGUUUUAUUCUUCCCCUCCUUCCCCUCCUUCCCCUUUCUCCUGGUUAACUUAGCCCUUAAGCACCUGUCUCACUCACUUUCUCUAUCGCUGUCUCACGAAACUCUUUAUAAAUAUUUCAAAAAAACUCUAUCUUUCACAGAAGCGGGCAUGGAUUUCUUAACUUCAUCACCAUUUCCUCGCCCUCCUCUUUCUUCUACGCCCACCGAUGAAGGAAGAAGAGAUGAUGAGAGCUCCUCUGGUUCUAAGAUGGUGGAACGACUCAUCGUUGCUUUAAUCACUUGCGUUUUCGCUCUAGUUGGAGCUCCAAUUGGCGCUGUUACAGGAGCGAUGAUUGGCCUUGCAACAGAGACUGGAUUACUCAGAGGAGCUGCCAUUGGAGCCAUCUCUGGAGCAGUUUUCUCCAUUGAGACUGUUGAAUCAUCUGUUGCUCUCUGGCAUUCCCAUGAAUCUGGAAUCUGUAGCAUCUUCUAUGUGGCUGACAUCAUUUGCAGUCUUCUGAGUGGAAGACUUGUUCGUGAGAAAGUUGGCCCUGCAGUCCAAAGCGCAGUGCAGAGUCAGAUGAGUGCUUUGGAGCUGCCAUAUGCUGACGUUCUUGAUAUCUUUGAAAUUGGUGACAUUCGCGGCUUGUCUAAAGAUUCUGUCGAUUUGUUACCAAAGCUUAAGAUCACUUCAGAAAACAACUUAGAUCGCUCUGGACAAAGGAUUAGCUGCUCUGUUUGUUUGCAGGACAUUAAAGUUGGGGAAACAGCGAGGAGAUUACCAUAUUGUCAGCACAUGUUUCAUUUGAGUUGCAUUGAUAGCUGGCUUGUGAGGAAUGGUUCUUGCCCUCUAUGUAGGAGGGAUUUAUGAAGUUUUUAUGUAAUAUUUUUGCUUCAUCUCUAUAUUCUUUUUAUUCUUUUUCACUUA